UCAGUGUGAGAAUGAUGGAUAACACUGCAAAGGUGCAGUUAAUCAAGUUCUUUGGUGUAUUCAGAGCUCUCCAUAUUCUUACCCUUCAGUCAGCAGUUUCUGAUUCCAGAGAUUACUGCAUUGGGUAGUACUUGCCAAACUCGUAAAGCAACAAAGGAUUUCUCUUCCGAAGAAUCAGACUCUUAAAAUGUGCUUUGCAGGAUUUGAUCAGCUUGCUCUUAGAUCUGUAGUUAUAAGUGCAUUAUAAAAUCUUAUAAAUGUUCCAAGAUUUUAUAACAAUACAGGCACUAAUCAAUGCAUUCAUAUUACUCAGUGGCAAAUCAUAACUUUGGGUUCUUCAGCUGUGGUUUUCCUGAUUUUGAUGUCUGAAUAUUUUUUAUGUACCUUAGAAAACCAGGAUUUUCUGCAGCAUGUUUGAUGCUUCUCUACAGUGUCCUAAAUUGCUAAUUUUUAAAAUUUACUUCAUGAUACCAUCAGUGUUAGGCAUUGGACUCAACAAUCUUAAAGCUCUUUUCCAACCAAAAUGUCCAGUUCUGAGAUUGGAAGGUUGCUUGUGCUGUCUGAGCAAGUCCCUGUGUAUCUCAGGAUGCAAUGUAAGGAAGUGCAUUCCUUCCUGAAAAUCAUGGUCUCAGAACUGCUGUUCUGUAUCAAUAUUUAGAUUAAUUUUGUUGGUUUGGCCAGGCCUUCUCUGAAAGGCUGUUCAAGUUUGUUUAACUUAAAUUACUUUUGUUAAACUCAAUAGUAAGACAGGCUGGACUAAGAUAAAUAUUUGACUACUUUUGUAGGAAGUUAAACCAGAAACUUGAAAAACAUAAACCACCAGAAAACUAAAGCCAAACCCUCUGCUAUUGUCCUAUUAGCUAUAAUUAGUGAUUAUUUCAUUCCAAAUAAGAUGAGGUUGCUGUUUAGAGCUUAGAAGUGACUUUUUGGUGUGAAAACUGUCCCGUUUGUUUUGGUGAUAUGUUUUCUUCAAACUAUUAGCAGGACAGUGUAAGUGUCAAUGUGACUGAUGUAUUCACUGUGGACUGACUUAAUCUGAAUAUUUUUUCCAGAGUGCUUUAAAAAACCCACACACAUUAGCAAAAUCUAAUCCUGUGGAGUUGAUAAAGGGGAAAAAAAAAAGGGGAAGAGGUGGGUAGUGAUAUUUAUAAAGAUAUUUUUGUCUGAAACCAUGUCAACACUGAUUUAUGGGAAGGAUGUGUAUGCAACACAAGGGUUUUUCUGAAGGAAGUUGCUGUGGAUGUGAACAUGUGCAAGUUGUAAGGACAGAGUGGUUAGUAGCACUGUUGAACAGGUUGGAGAGUCCUUUUCAUAGUUACACCCUCAUGUAUCAGGUCCUUUGUCUGUGGCUGUAGUUCAGUGAAUGCUCUGAACAGUCACGUCACACCACACCUAUAUGGACAAUUUGGUGUCAUACAUAAGCUGAUUUAACAAAUAUGGGCCUUUCCAAAAGAAAUUGUCUUAUUUCUGCUUCUGCCUGCUUUUCUUGUGUUAUGUAUAGCAAUUAUUAGCUGCAGGGUGAAUAAGUUCAGAAGACAAGCUUACCUUACAACUACACAAUGAUGAGGUCAAAUGCAGAGGGGGACAAAGCUGUCAGCCAGGAAUGGGGCUGCUCCUCUUUGUGACAUGCUGUAAGUAGACCAUAGUGGAUGUAAUGCCUCUCUGCAUUUGGAAAGAAAGGUUUACACUCAGGGUGCUGUGUUAGUGUAAUCUUUGUGUGCCAGGUAGAAGAACAGACCUGGCUGAACCUCAUCCAGCGAAGGGGCAAGUCUUCAGUCAGAUGAAUGCUUGCUCUGAUUCAUUGUGCUCAUACAGGGAACCAAUUUGGUGGGGUUUUUUUCCUCCUAUAGCAGUGCAGGAUUUUGCAGGUUUUGGGUGGAGAUGCAGGCUGUGGGUGACAUCCCACAGGGCAGGGUGACACGAUGACAUGGCUGUUUCCUUACCUUGCUCUGGCAUGUAGCCAGCACUCUGUGAGUGGGCUCAGCUUGCACAGCCCCCUUGCCUCCUCCUUUCUUUCACCUGCUGAUUGUGAGGCUGGUGAGCUGAAUCAGCUCUGUUCAGGCAGGUUCAAGAGAUGUCGUGAUAAAAGCAACAGGAGCCCAGGGGUAAAAGUGAGACUGUCCAUUUGGUGGCUCAGAGUCUAAGAAUGACUUGGCAGUCUCCUGAAAAUUUAUCCUAGCAAUUGUGUUUUCUCACCUCUCCUCCCACUGUAGCACUCGCAUGAAAAAGCAACAAGAGCAAUGAUUCUAAACUAAUAGUACAGGCAUGCCUGCUAAUGCAUCUCUUUAUUGCUGUGUGCCUUUUAAUUAUCCCUUGCGCUUUUACAAGCAUCUCAUCUUGCCUGCAGGUUUAGCUGCUUCGGUUUCCUAUGAUUAUCUGUCUCUUACAUAUGUACUCUCUAAAUCUUGAUGCCAUGCAGAUUUAAUAAACAGUAACUGGGUAUCAGGAGUCACAUAAAUAUUCCUUAGUUCAUUGAUACAGAGAAUAUUACUCCCCUAAGUCUGCCAACUGUUCUACUAUCUUGAGCAAUAUGGCUUAUAGAAUGAUAAUCCUAGAAUAGCUCAUUCAGUUUGCCAUGUUCAUUGAGCUUUUCUUGUAUGAAGCAUUGAGCAGAGUGGUGUCAUUUGUUUCACAAAUGUGUUUGGUUUCCUUGGCUUAAUAUCUAUAAAGCAUUGCAGAAUACUGUUUGGAAACAUAAAGAAAUCUUAGUGCUUAAAACAAGUAACAGAACCUCUUAACUCUAGCACUUUUAAUCUUAGAGGGAUUGUUAAAUGCUUUUUAUUUUAUGUGUAGGUAUUUAUUAAACAAGUUCAGCACAGGUUAUGCUGAAUUCUUAAUUAGUACAUGGUGAGUUUGAGAAUAGAAAUGAGGACUAGUUUCCGUUUUAAGGUACAGAGCAGCUGUAAACCCAGUGUGAUGACCUGAACUAAAAUAGCGUAUCCUUCAUUCAUCUUCUGGAAUCUGUUGCGAUAAUUUACUGUUGAAGCAGUAUGACUAUAAAGAUUAAGACAGUUUCUUCUAAGAGGGAAUACUUUUCCUGUUAGCUCCUUUCGAGCUUUCCUAAAAAGUCAUGUCAAUCUUCCUGUUUUUCUCUUUACUGUGAUAUCCAGAAAGUUCUUAUGUAACUUCAUUAGUUUAAAUGUCCAUCUGAUCUUCUGCAGGUGGAUUUAAUCUAGGAAAGACUCUGUAUUAAUACCCAUUCCAUACAUAUACAUAGUCAUUACCAGAAUUCUAUAUUCCACGGUCAUUACGCAUUCCAUAUGUAGAGUCAAACUGGUUUGACAGUACCAGCAGGUUUAACUUAGACUACUCAAAUUUUACAAGCAUCACUUUGUACAACUACACUGCCCAGGGUUAUGGCAUUUUUUGAAAGUCACCUGAAGAUCUCUGGAGUGGGCAGAGUUUUCUCUUAUUGUAUCUUCAUGCUGAUGCAGUUUGUUCAUACUCAUUUAAAGGGUGUCAAAUCAGAAUCGAAGUACUUCAUAGCUGGGCAGGUAUACCAACAGUGCAAGGUAAUAGAACAAGAGAUGUUAGUUUAUAUCUAAUGGAGAGUCCAAACAUGAAGAAAUAUUCUUCCUGCUACUUCUUUUAAAGUUCUUGGUUUGCACCAAUAUAAUAUUUGAAACAGUAUAAGUAGGAAGUUCCUACUAGGAGAGCUAAAAUUGUGUAACUUUUGUCAUUGGAGAAGGGUGUGAGUUAAACACUGAUGUCUUCUGAGUAUAACUGUACUAGUGGAGAGGUUACUAGUGGAGACUUUUGAUAACCGGCCCUCAAAUCUGCUGGCUGUUCUUGUGGGGAAGUUUCCUAACCCAUUUCAAUUGAAGUAAGCCAAAAACCAUUUUAAAAAUAUUUUCUAAGUUAUUUCAACUAAAACAUUGGGAAAACUCUAGCACAUAAAAACCAAGGAAGAAUUAAAGAAGAGUGGUUGAAAUAGUGCAAGCUUGUGAAAGUUUUGCACUAACACAGUGGCUCAUGGAGUGCUUGUCUAAAGUAGUGAUGGAAAACUAUUGGCAAUGAUGUCAGGUUCAACACCAACAAGUUCAGGCUAAGACUGAUGAUAGUGAUGUAUUUAAAAAUGACUACUGCCAAGAGGGCUCACUAAGUCAUUUACUACUAGUGACAUGAACUAACAGUAUUUACAUAGGAUUUACAUACAGGAAGAGAUUCUGCUUUCAUUUCCUUUGAGUGUGAAGGUUGAAGAGAGAUGCAAUAAAUGCAUUUAAAGUAACACAGAAGGGAUUUAAUAUCCGUCUUUUGUCAAAAUGCCUGCUUUUAGAUACUGCUUCUGGUAAAUUGGGUUGGGGGAUUGAGGUUUUGAAAAUAAGAGACAGAUAUCUAAUUUUGCCUCUCUGUGAGUUAGUUUUUCAAAAGUUUUUUAAAGAGCUUCAUUUCUUUUUAAACUGUGUAGGAAGUAAUAAUGUCAAGCACUCAAGAAAUAACUUUGAAAACAAAUGCAGUUAUUAUACUUGUAAAGUAGGUCUAAUCACUAUAAAUACAGAUAUAAAUAUUUGUGUUACUCUAUACAUACAGCAAGAGGAGCUUUACUGUGUUUGGUAUCUUCUAAGAAAGGGCUUUUUCCCUGGCCCCAGAUAUCUACCACUAAUGGGAAGAUACACAAAUGGAUCAUCACAGACUGAGGGAGUACAAAGGUACAAAAGUGGACAGUUGGAGAGGCAGUGAUAUAAUAAUGUUGACAGUCUAAAUGUUGUCAGUUUUGACAUUGUUGUCAGCAACAUAUUUCCUCUAAGACAAAUUAAAGGAAGGUUAUGUGUUUGUUAUGUGUAGUUUUAGAAAGAGUGUUUCCAGUCUUAAUGGCCCAUCUGCAAAAAGUUGCAGAAGGAAGUAGGGGCCUAAGCAGUCAGCAGUGUCAUUAGCUAAAUGGUCAUGGGACAAAGCAUUUCUUAUUGCUUAAUUUUUCAGAACCUUCAUGGUAAAAGACAAGGGUCUUAAGUCUUAUAUAAAAGUGGGGAAACCAGUGGAGCAAUUAAGCAAUAAUUUCUAUAAGCAACUAUAGACUCACUGGUUGAAACAAUGAGCAAAGAAAAUAAUUUUUUGCAAGAGUAUUCAGAGUGAGAUAUGGAUGAGGCAAAAUUUAAGUGAGCAGUAUUUGCAAACAGCUCAGUGCUUGAUAUAUUGGCAAGAGCAUUGGCUCUCCUCCUCCCCCCUUUUAGAGUAAUAAUAUAAAUAUAAAAUUACUGUUCUUGUAUUUGUGGGACAUGAUAAAGAAGAUCCUGAAAGUACAUGCAAUUUUUUUCAUGUUGUAUUCUCUGGUCUCUUUUAGAGUUCCAGUUCUUGUCCCUUCAUUGUUUUAGGUAACUAGAAAAGUGUUAAUGUGAUUAGCAUACAUUAACAUCUGGAUAAAGUUUGGUUUAUCUUGAUUUAUCUCAUUCCCUAUGGAAGCAAAGCGUUCUUAAGGAAGACAUCAAUUAUUUGACUCAUUCUACUUCUUUCCUAUACUAGCAAUAAAAAACAUUUCUCAUGUGUUGCAUGAUUCGUGCUUUGAAGGUGUGUGGCGUAUUUGGACAAGUGUGGAAAAAAGAAUCAUCUCUGUAAUCAAGAAGAUUCACGUUAGAUGAGAACACCUUGAAGGUUGCUGCCAGUUAUUGAAGACUGUGAUGGUAGUUAAAUCUUUUUAUUUACUGGGAAAUGAAGGUUUGUUUUAAAGUGUUUAAGGAAUAUUUGCUGAUUUCAGAAAGCUCUGAGUUCAGAAUAAAUUGAUCAUUUCACAUGAAACAAUUCAGUCUUUGGGAAUGUUGGCUGGAGUAACUCAGGGGAAAAUACACCUUUUAAAACAUGACAAAUGUGCUAAAUUUGUAAGUUUGCAUAAUAGAAGAGAAAACAACUAAAGCAUUUUUUCCACUUAAUUAUUUGCAGGGAUCUCUAAAGAGCAAUUAAACAUACCUGAUGUGAAGUUUAGCAUAGAUAUCUUAGAUAAGCAAAAGGUGAACUACAUAAUGUUUUACAUCUGUCCCAAAGUGAGCUUAGAGUUUUUUGAUGGCCAGUUCUCCUUGGUGUGUCCUGCCCCGUUGUCCACAGUGUCAAGAUGCGCAGCCUCACAGGUGGCAAGGAAGGAGGAAGAGGCUUGAAAGCGAAGGCAGCCCUGCUGUUCUGCACAACUGCAAGUGGAGCCUGUCUGACUCCACAAGGAACAGCCUCAGGCAGCUGGAUGGGCCAAAAACAAGGGGUACAGUUCCAUAGCGCAGUUAACCAGAAUUAUCAGCUCCCCACCAACAACAAUGGAAAGAGAGGUUUGCUUCCUCCUUAAUCUUCCCUUUUGUGGAUCCCUCCCUUGACCUAUAUCACAGUCUCCCUUUUCUCUGCAGUGGAAUGAAUCUGACCUCAAAGUAAAUUAGUUCAGUGUGCUUAUCUAAAAGAUGUUUGCAUUUCUAGCGAGUUAGUGUUCUGUCUUUUUAGUGAGUUGAGUUUUCCUUGUGUGUGGUCAGUAUCACCACAGCUUGAUCAGGUUGAACAGGACCUUCUCCCUGGGGGUGAGCUGUAAUUCUGUUUAAACUGCCUUUGAAACUAUGCCCUGACUCUACAAAUAAGAGGUUUCUGCCAGUUCCGUUCCUUGAACUGCCUCCUCAGGGCAUUACGUGAAUGCCAGCACAAGAAGAGAUGAAAUAAUAAAGCAAAAAUGGGGAAUGGGAUGAGAAUGCCUGUUUCAGCAGUUGAGCUGUGGCAUGAAAUGCUGCCUGGAAGUUCAUCAGUUAAAAAUUGACAUUGGUGUGCUUUUUCACUGGUAUACAUGUUCUUCAGAACAAACUCACAUGGUAUAUUGUAGGUUAUUUAAGGCAUUUCAGUACAUAACACCAUUGUUACAAACACUGUAUUUGUCAAUUGGUGCCCUGGUGUUUAGGGAUCACUAAGUUAAAUAAAGCAACAGUGCAGAAGAACCUACUACUGAAUGUUUGUGCAACUUGAAAUUGCAAAAAUUGUCAAAAUAUAAAAUAAUGUGAUUAUCUGUAUUUUUUUUUUUGCCAAUAAUACUCUUUAAUUUCACAUUACAAAAAAAAAAAAAGUAUAUAUAAAACAGAAGGGAAUAAUCCUAUAAAAUGUAUCACCUUUUUGUUGUAUGUAAUUACAAGUCACUCUGGUUACAGAGGAUGUGUUUGCAGUGCAAGAAGUUGUGCAGCAGUGUGAGCCACAGCCUUGCUUAGGCCAUAUCAGGUAAAUGAAGGAGGAACCUGAUUUUCAUCAGCCUUUAUUUUAGAGUGUAGUUGAGCAUGGCAUUUGCAAGUGUCAGAGACACUAAUCGUUCACAGUUUGUUUCUUAAAGCCCAUGGAAAUUCCACCUCCUUGGGCCAAAAUUAAGGUUAUACUCUUUAAAAUCUCUGAUAUGUGGGGAAGGACCUCAGUGCAGCUCCUGACACACUCCUGGCUUUCACCCCACUUACCAUGUAUGCAUGACCGAGGUGCUGUUGAGUCAGUUGCAGAGCAGCACUCUUUACUGCGUGGUGUUUUAGCAGAAAUGGUAAAGACAAGCUUCAGAACAAAGUGCUAAUCUCUGGUGAUCUGACAACCAGUUCAGAAGUAGCUUAUCCACACAUACAUUUCAAAGGACAUGAUGUGAGGGAGGAUUUAGUAGAGCAUUCCAAGCUAUGCUCCUCUGCUUAUAAGUGCUGUGACAGUCUGGCCAGUGUUUCAGAUGAAUCACCUGCUUCUGAGAAUUUGAAGCAGUGCUUUGCUUGCUAGCAAGAGCCAUAAUGGGACUGACUGCCAAGGAGUAUUAAUUUGCCAGUUGUUGUUUUGUACACAGAGGAAUUUCAUCUGCUGAUGGGAAGCCAGUGUAAGAUCCUAUUCUCAUAGUCAGUAUAACUUCAGACAUCAGGCCUGAUGUACAUCGUUCUUAAGAAGUCACUGUGUUUAAAAAAUUAAUAUCACCAGCAGGAUGUGUAGGCGUUUAUCCAUUUUAAACAGCCUUAGUUUAGUUUUGUUUACAAGCUUGUUUCACUAUAGAAGUUUAAAAAUGUGAUGUUGCGAUAGUGUGAAUGUACCAGUACAUUUUAUAUCUAUAACAGGACAGUUUCCAACUUAACCCCGAGCUUUUAAACUUAGCAAUUUGUGAGUCAAAGGAAUUAAAGUGUUACAGCUUCUUUGUAAAUGAGUGUAUCAGUAUUUAUAACUCAAGAACUUCACACCUGCAAUAUAUCCUCAAAAAUAUGUAAUCACAAGCUCAAUACCCUUAAAAGCUGAAUUCACAAUGAAAUAAAUAAGGCUUUACCAGAACGAUGGUGCUUCACACCAAAAAACUUAACUAUAUGUUUUUUAUAUAUUAUUAUUUAGUCAUGGUUUUGAAUUACAAAACUUCAACACAAAAAUAGGAAGAGCUAAUAUUGUCUUCCUUUUGUUCAAGUGAUAGGUUUUCUCAAAAGAAUCCAGUAGGAUUAAAGUCACAUCAGAAGAGAUUUCAAAUUGCAGAGUUCUAAUGCAUACACGAAAAACCAGAAAAACUGAGUACACUCUCCCAAUGCAUCAAUUACUGUUGUAAACCCUAAUUAAAAAUCUGCUGUCAUAGGUCUUUCAUAACAUAGCAGUUGUCAGUUGGUAGAGAUAUGAAUUGUAUCUAGGAAACAACCUAGUUGUUGUGUUAGUGAAAGGGUUUUUUUUUAUCAUUGUAAACGUAUACAAACAAAUGCUGUCACUUCAGUUACCCACUUAAGUCCAGAAAUUGCUGUCCUUCUGUGGUGGUUGAGACACUCAAUGAUGGACACUUAAGUGUUUGAUACACUUUUUUGAGGGAUUUUUUUUUUCCUGAGCGCUGUGCUAUUUACGAGUACUUUUCUAAAGAUCAUAGUUGUUGAGAAAUACCUCCUUGAAGGUGCUUUGAAUGGAGAGGUGAGAUUCUUCAGGUACAGAAAUAGCUGGGUUUGAAAACUCUUGUCAAGACAGGUUUCUCUUUCUUGGUUCUAACAAUCACAUUUCAAAGAAAAUCUUUUUGACCAAUGAAAUUAUUCUGAUUGGGAAAGGAUAAAAGCAUCACUUGUUUAGGGAAUAUUAAAUAUUAAGGGAAUAUUAAUAUUUGGGAAUAUUUCAAAUAUAGGGAAUAUUUCAAAGUCCAUUGUAAUUUCAUUAGGUUAAAUCAUCACCUUUAAAGCAGUUUGAUUCUAAACAAUUUCUCAAAGGAUUUCCUUACCAGUGCCCUCUGGGUUUUAUUAAUUUUGCUUAUUUUGGGGGCAUCUAGACUGUAUUGUCACAAUUGAGUACAUCUUGGAGCUUGUGUUUGAGUAACACUAAUCUGUUCCAAAUUCCUUCUUAAUUUUUUUUUCUCAUCUUUAAUAUAGGAUUCCUGCAAAAAUAAUACAACAGCAAGACAGGGACUCUCUUUUAGAGAGCUUCUUCAUCUACUCUUAAAACAGAGUAUACUUACAUUGCUCCUAACAGCAAAAAGAAAGGAUGCCUGUGGCAAAUUCUGGAUUGAGAGCUGAGGAUUUUCAAUAGUUUAUUAGCAUUGUUUGAUAACACUGAAUUAAUAAUGUAAAAAUACCUGCUCUCAUAGCCAUUCAUCUUGGUCACAAGAGAGAAAUCUUGUUGCAGACAGGUGUUAGCACUGAUACAGAUUUCUGUCAUAACCAAUACAAGCUCUCCUUUUGUUGGUGGUGGGGAUUUAGCAGUACAGCAAAUAAAACAAAGCCCAACAUCUCAGAGACAAGACACCAUUUACCUCUGUGUUGGGACUUGAAAAAUUCAAUAUCUGUUUACUGGAGGACUAAGAUCUAUGCAGAGGUUGGAAAGUCUGUGCUGAAGAGUAUUUCUGCUAGAGAAUAUGAGGGCUUGCUCAUGGGUGUGAAACUUCAAUAAUUGCACUGCUUUCCUUGCAUUAUUUUUUUAAAGUAGCUUUGGCUGUUAAGGUGAUCAUGAUUAGAAAAUCAUACCCUUCCUAGAAAUAGUGUGUAAGGCAAGAAGAAAGAUCCCUGUCAGUCUCCUAAUUAUACAGUACUUUAACUUAUGGACCAGAAGUCUCUCCUAGGCCACUUCAUCAUCGCCUGUUUUGUCCUGUGUCUGUAUGUUGCUUUGUUUCAUCAUUUGUUUCUUGUUUCUUCAACAGGUUCAUCUGUAAGAUCCAAAAAUAAGUGUGUCUAAGCUUCAAGGUUCAUCUCACAGCAAUUUGUAGAGCUGUGGGAAAGUAUGGGAGACUUAAGAUGAUGUAAAUUGCUGCUGCUGUGGAAAAAGAUUGCCCAUUCCCAGGGAGCUGCUACACAAACACUAAUGGAUGGGACAGCACAACGAAUACAGAUUGUCCCGGCGGAUUCAGGCCUCUCUUUACCACAACGCAUACAGAUUGUCACAGAUCAGCAGACGGGCCAGAAGAUUCAGAUUGUUACAGCACUUGAUCAGAGCUCAGCAGGCAAGCAGUUCAUCUUAACAAAUCAUGAUGGCUCUACCCCAAGCAAGGUGAUCCUUGCCAGACAAGAUUCCACUCCAGGAAAAGUUAUCCUAGCAACUCCAGAUGCUGCAGGUGUCAACCAACUGUUUUUUGCAUCCCCUGAUAUAUCUGCACAACACAUCCAGAUUUUAACAGACAACUCUCCCAAUGAGCAGAACCUAAAUAAAGUGUUUGAUCUGUGUGUUGUAUGUGGCGACAAGGCAUCAGGGCGUCACUAUGGAGCAGUAACUUGUGAGGGAUGCAAAGGAUUCUUUAAAAGGAGUAUACGGAAGAAUUUAGUUUAUUCAUGCCGAGGAACGAAAGACUGUGUCAUUAACAAACACCACCGGAAUCGAUGUCAGUACUGUAGGCUGCAGAGAUGCAUCGCGUUUGGGAUGAAACAAGACUCUGUGCAGUGUGAGAGGAAACCUAUUGAAGUGUCAAGAGAAAAAUCUUCAAACUGUGCAGCUUCUACAGAGAAGAUCUACAUUCGGAAAGAUCUUCGUAGUCCCUUAGCUGCAACUCCAACUUUUGUAACAGACAAUGAAACAGCAAGAUCAACAGGUCUUCUGGAAUCGGGAAUGUUUGUUAACAUUCAUCAGUCUGCAAUAAAGAGUGAACCCACUGUGCUGAUGACUCCAGAUAAGGUUGAAGCAUGUCAGGGAGAUUUAAGUACUCUGGCAAACGUGGUGACUUCACUAGCAAAUCUCAGUAAAUGCAAGGACAUGUCACAAAGCAGUACAGAGCUGUCUAUGAUUGAAAGUUUAAGUAAUGGAGAUGCAUCAUUAUCCGAACUCCAGCAAGAAGAGCAAGCUGGCAGUGAUGUUACAAGGGCAUUUGACACACUUGCAAAAGCAUUAAAUCCAGGAGAGAGCGCAGCGUGCCAGAACUCUGACAGUAUUGAAGCCGGUGUACAGCUCAUCGGUGGAGAAACAAGCAUGAACAUUGUUGAAAUAGAGGGACCACUACUCAGUGAUGCACAUGUAGCAUUCCGGCUCACCAUGCCUUCCCCUAUGCCUGAAUAUCUGAACGUUCACUAUAUCUGCGAGUCUGCCUCCAGGUUGCUUUUCUUGUCCAUGCACUGGGCACGUUCCAUUCCAUCUUUUCAAGCUUUAGGACAGGAUAACAGCAUAUCAUUAGUAAAAGCCUGCUGGAAUGAACUUUUUACGCUUGGUCUUGCACAGUGUUCCCAAGUUAUGAAUGUGGCAACUAUCUUAACUGCAUUUGUUAAUCACCUUCACGGCAGUUUACAGCAAGAUAAGCUGCCAACAGACAGAGGAAAACUAGUGAUGGAGCAUAUCUUCAAAUUGCAAGAAUUCUGUAACAGCAUGGUUAAGCUUUGCCUAGAUGGAUAUGAAUAUGCAUACUUGAAAGCAAUCGUCCUCUUCAGUCCUGAUCACCCAGGUCUAGAAAAUGUGGUACAGAUUGAGAAAUUUCAAGAAAAGGCUUACAUGGAGUUCCAAGACUAUGUAACAAAAGCAUAUCCGGAUGAUACUUACAGACUAUCUAGACUCCUCCUCCGGUUGCCUGCUCUUAGGCUGAUGAGCGCUGCCAUCACUGAAGAGCUGUUCUUUGCAGGACUGAUCGGCAACGUUCAGAUCGACAGCAUCAUCCCGUACAUUCUGCGAAUGGAGACAGCGGACUACAACUCUCAGAUAAUUGGUCACGCCGUAUAAAAGUAGCAGUCGAGGAUUCUGUACCAUGGCAGUCAUGGUGAUGUAAAUGCGUACCCUGUCUCCAAGAGAUGGCAAGAAGCCUUCCCAUGCACCUUUCCAAGAAGGCUAAUAUUCCUCCUUUCCAGUACACUUGGGAAACAUGGUGGAGUGUAUUAAAGAAUAUAGGAUCGCUUCCUAUUUUUCAUCUGAUCUCCAAGGACUUGUAAAUUAAGUUGAUAUGUGAAGAAAGUCAAGAAUUGUCCAUCCUAUUUUUGUAGAUAGAUGAACUUGGAAUAUUUGUUUAUGAAGUCCAGGCUUGUGAAGAAACUGGAGAAGCUUUGACUGAACUAAGGUAUCUCAACUUAGUUUGAUGUUUUAGACAAAUAAAUUAACUUUCCUCUCUGA